AUGGCGGAAGAAAGAAAAGCCUUUUCUUUGUCUGUUUUACUUUUCCUCUCAGGAUUCAUUUUACACGGUUCGCGGGCGGCUUCUAGCAGUUGUACAGAUGUUAGGAUGAAGGAUCUGCUGUAUAUUGGUCGUCAUCAUUUCAGAAAUCAACCUCCUUACUGUAUCAAAGGAUAUUCCCACAUACAUCCACUUCACAUAUGGAGCAGCAUAAGGGUUGAUCUUAAAUUUGACAUUGAGGGCUAUCGGUUGUUUCAAGCUGAUAGCUGUAAAACCCUGAAUGAGGUCAGAAGUCAGACAUUUGCAAAGCGUAUCUUGGCUUGGUUUGCAGAUCCUGAUGCCAUCACUAGCAAUUAUUUGUAUUUAUCCCCAUUUGGAGACACCUGUUUUGAUAUCUCAUCAAGAAAAGAAUACGAAACAAACAGCAUAAACGUAGAGCUAACAUUUCAAACUGUCAAUUGGCAUCUUCCACUGUCUUUCAUAGUAGGGCUAAUAUUGUUUCUAGAAGCUAACAGGCUUAGCAGGAGUGCAACAUUCUAUUAUAGUUCUGGGAUUGUUCUUGGUGUCGGAGUUUCUCUUUUACUUGCUGUCUUUCUUCUCCAUCGACUAUUGCCUUCAAAAGGUGGAGCUUAUGCCCUUUUAGCUGGUGGUUGGAGUGUUUCUCUCUAUCUGUUACAAUGGACUUGGAACAACCUUGUUGACCUUGUUCUUGAUAGAAACCCAAUCGUUAUAGGAUACUUUACUGUUGCAGGUAUCAUUAGUUUCUGCUUGUGUUACUACAAUGGUCCUGUCACUAACCAACGUGGCAUCGAUCUGAUUCGCUGGACCAUCCGUUUGAUUGCUUCAUACUUCAUUUACAAGGGCAUCCAGCCUGAAUCUUUGUCUUUAGUAGUGGUUGUCAUAGUGAUCGUAUGCUACAGCAUUAAGACCUCAGGUCACAAUGUCAUUGAAAAACUACUUGUUAUUUUACCCAAGAGCUGGAUUUCUUAUAAAGUUUGGUACUAUUUCUUUCCCCCAUCGCAGCGAUUACUGACAAGAGAAGAAUUUGAUAGCCAAGGUGUAGUUGAGACACGCCGGGCUUUGGAUGAGCUAAGAGAAUAUUGUAAUAGUCCAGAAUGUGAUGCUUGGAAAGUAAUAAGCAGAGUACGGAACCCAAAGAGAUUCUGCGCCUUCGUAAAUGAUGGACUUCACAUCACAGACGAAGAAUACGAACAGUUUGAGGAAAACCCCUUCGUAUAUACACGUCCUGAUGAACACGAUGAUGACGCAGUUGAAACUGAAGGCGCCGAGGAGAAGGACGACAGAUAUUUUGAAAGAUGUACAUAACAAGAUACGAACCAUAGAAAAUAUAGUUUUAUAGUUUUACUUAGUGUUUAUAAAGUCAAACUUGCCAAGAAUAGUGUUUUUGACGAAAUUUUCCUUCCUCAAACAUUUUUGAAUAUGUAUUUUCAGUUAGCACUGUUAUUUGAUUUUAGAUAUAUUUUGUAGGCUGGAGAUACCAUUGCUAAUGAUAAAACGCUAAACUCGAAAACAGUAGAUUUGAUUUGAAAUUAGUGGAACUAGGCAAAGUACAUAAUGCAUGCUGACUCUCAAAUGGCUUCCGUAUUCAAGUAUCACGAUUUAUUCCAUUCCAUCCAUUCUUGUUUUUAUGAUACUAUAAUUCGGUGCAUGCAAUCUACUCAGCUGAAUUAGUUUAUAUAUAGUUGUAUUUUUUUUACAUAAUGUAUUUGCAAUCAUAUUAGUAAUUGUUGUACCACACCGGCUAAGGAUGUAACCUCUUUUCCUUCUCAUUCUUCGUUAUUUUGGAAAAAGAUUCAAUGGAAUUUCGACCUUUACUCCCGCUGUUGCUUCCUUCUAAAAUAUCCUUAUUAUCUUUACCCUAUAAAUUAUCAUUCUGGGUUCCAGAGCCUCUCUCGCUUAGAGUGAGAAUGCUUCUGAAACCGGAAUAAAGGAAUCUUUAAGAUACUCAAACUGGGAGAAGAGAAAAGUGGGGAAAAAAAUAUUCAUUGAAGUGGUCAAAUAGAGCUAUAAUACAUUUUUAUUUGUGACAAUAUUUUUCUGCUGAGAAAUAGCAAACAAAUCUGCAGAAAGACAGAGGUGAUCUAGAUUACAGCCGAUAUUUUCUUUUUAUCGCUUCCAAAAUGUAGUAAUAAACUUUUUAGAUUUGUUUAUA